CAGCCCAGAUCCGAAAUCUGUAGCGGCCCUGAAAGGUCAGGGAGGCCAGUUUUUCCUACUGGGCCAUGGUAGAGGGGGCAUCUUCCCCUCUCCUCUCUAAAUUGCCGUUUUCUUUCCAUCUUCCCUUUUCUUUUUGACAUUCUCGUGUCCCAGGAGGAGGCAGCCCAGUUCUCCCAGUUCUCGUGGUCCUUGUCCAAAACAAGGACCUUUCACGGUCACUUUCCACCUUGCCUGCGCGGGGCGGGGGAGGAGUCCCAGCUUGGGUCCCGGCGCCUGCUCCUCUCCCAGCCCUAUCCAAGCACUGGGGAGGGGCGUUUGGUCCCGGGAGGGGUCAAAAGAGCCACGCCCUGGCCGAGGUUGCGUCCACCUUCGUGGGAAGGACACACUCUGCCGGUGCCAGGUGCUUUCGGCGCGGCAUCUUAGCCGUGGCACCAUGGGCAUAUCGCCCAGUUCCCGCCACGAACCUGGGGCGGGGCCAACUGAUCUCUCAAGACCCUUACUCAGCUCUUCUCCGCGGCGCCCUCCCACUGCUCUGGGAGCCAAGAAAGAAACUGAGGCCGGAUAGGAGGAGGAGCUGGUGAUCAAGUUGCCACUUGCCUUGACUUGUUGUUUCACCUAUUCAUUACUCCCUUCUGCCCACUGUGGUCACGCCCUUUUCAGAAAUUCGUGGUAACCACGAACUGAAGGAGCUGAAGCAGCCCGGAGAACUGGAGAAAACCGCUCUAAUCUGACGACUUCAGCUAAAAGCUGACGCUACAUGAGGGAAGAGAAGGAAUGAGUCACCCUGGAGAAGCUCUCAUCUGUGCGUGGCCCUUGUCUUCUCUCUCAUGCCACAGACUUUGGGAUGACUUCUCUGAGAUCCCUCCAGACCUGAGCCCUUUGCUAGAGCCAUGCUGGUGGCCCAGUGACGAGGUGAUUAGCACUCCUUGUGCCUGCGACCCAGGACCCUGGCUCACCACAGUGAAGCAGGAUGCUCCAGCAGUUGAAUGGCCACAGUUCCAGCUCUCAUGACCAAAGCAGAGUGUCCCUCAGAGAAGACAUACAAGAGUUCCUGAGUGGGGAGGCCCCAUUGCACCAGUUAGAUGACCUCACCAAGGUGAAUCCUGUGACACUGGAGACAGUUCUAAGGUGCCUGCAGGCCCGGUACAUGAUGGACACAUUCUACACCAAUGCUGGCUGCACCUUGGUAGCUUUGAACCCCUUCAAGCCUGUCCCUGGGCUCUACUCUCCAGAAAUGAUGAGAGAAUACCAUGCUGCAUCUCAACCCCAGAAACUGAAACCCCACAUCUUCACUGUGGGUGAACAGACCUACAGGAAUGUCAAGAGCCUGAUUGAGCCAGUUAACCAGUCCAUUGUGGUCAGUGGAGAGAGUGGUGCUGGAAAGACAUGGACGUCCCGCUGCCUGAUGAAAUUCUAUGCUGUCGUAGCUACCUCACCCACUUCCUGGGAGAACCAUAAGAUUGCCGAGAGGAUCGAACAGCGGAUCCUGAAUUCCAACCCUGUCAUGGAAGCUUUUGGGAAUGCAUGUACGCUGAGGAAUGACAACAGCAGUCGCUUUGGGAAGUUCAUCCAGCUCCAGCUGAACAGGGCCCAGCAGAUGACAGGAGCUGCAGUCCAGACCUACCUCCUAGAGAAAACUCGUGUGGCCUGCCAGGCUUCCAGUGAGAGGAACUUCCACAUCUUCUAUCAGAUAUGCAAAGGAGCCAGUGAGGAGGAGAGGGUCCAGUGGCACCUCCCCAAGGGAUCUACCUUCUCCUGGCUGCCCAACCCAGAGAGAAUUUUGGAAGAGGAUUGUUUUGAGGUGACCAGAGAGGCCAUGCUCCAUUUGGGCAUCGAUACCCCCACCCAGAACAACAUCUUUAAGGUCCUAGCUGGACUGCUACACCUUGGCAAUGUCCAAUUUGCAGACUCAGAGGAUGAAGCCCAGCCCUGCCAACUGACGGAAGAGGCCAAGUGCUCUGUCAGGACAUCAGCCUCGUUACUGCAGCUCCCAGAGAACAUGCUGCUGGAGACAUUGCGGAUUAGAACCAUCAGGGCAGGCAGGCAGCAGCAGGUGUUCCGGAAGGCCUGCUCCCGAGCUGAGUGUGACACCCGCAGAGACUGUCUGGCCAAACUGGUCUAUGCACGGCUGUUUGACUGGCUGGUGUUGGUGAUCAACAGUAGCAUCUAUGCAGACCCCGACUCAUGGACCACUUUCAUAGGUCUGCUGGAUGUGUAUGGAUUUGAGUCAUUUCCUGACAACAGUCUGGAACAGUUGUGCAUCAACUAUGCCAAUGAGAAGCUACAGCAACACUUUGUGGCUCACUACCUCAGGGCUCAGCAGGAGGAAUACGCAAUGGAAGGCCUGGAGUGGUCAUUUGUCAAUUACCAGGACAACCAGACCUGCUUGGAUCUCAUCGAGGGAAGCCCUAUCAGCAUCUGCUCCCUCAUAAACGAGGAGUGCCGCCUAAAUCGGCCAAGCAGUGCAGCCCAGCUCCAGACACGCAUUGAGAGUGCCUUGGCAGGCAGCCCCUGCUUGGGCCACAAUAAGCUCAGCCGGGAGCCCAGUUUUGUGGUGGUGCAUUUUGCAGGGCCUGUGCGGUACCACACAGCAGGCCUGGUGGAGAAGAACAAGGACCCCGUCCCUCCUGAACUGACUGGGCUCUUGCAGCAAUCCCAGCACUCCUUACUCACUGUGUUGUUUCCUACUGACCCCAAAGAGAAGACCCAGGAAAAACCCUCUGGCCAGAACAGGACCCCUGCAUUGACUGUGGUGUCCAAGUUCAAGGCUUCCCUGGAGCAGCUCCUGCGGAUCCUACAGAACACCACACCCCACUACAUUCGCUGUAUUAAGCCCAACAGCCAGGGCCAGCCACAGAGCUUCCUCCAAGAGGAGGUCCUGAGCCAACUGGAGGCCUGUGGCCUUGUAGAGACCAUUCAUAUCAGUGCUGCUGGCUUCCCCAUUCGGGUCUCUCAUCAGAACUUUAUGGAACGAUAUGAGUUACUGAGAAGGCUCUGUCCUCGAGCAUCCUCAAGUUUCCAUAACCCAUACUCUGCCAAAGAGCACUCUGAACAGCCACCACAGGGUGAGGCGGCCACACUGCAGACUCUCCUCCAGGACAUUCUCCACAUUCUGCCAGCACUAACUGGGACAGCAGCCACACCUGUUGAUUCAGCUGAGUGCACACCAGCUCCACUGCAGUGUGGCAGGACCAAGGUGUUCAUGACUGACUUCAUGCUAGAGCUUCUGGAAAACGGACGUACGCAGGUACUGGAGCAGUGUGCCCGCUGCAUCCAGUGUGGCUGGAGACAACACCAGCGUAGAAAGCAGAAGAGGCAGAGGCGAGCUGCCACCCUCAUUCAGGCAGCCGUUCGUUCCUGGUUAACUCGGAAAUACAUCCAGAGGCUGCACAUAGCAGCCACAGUCAUCAAGCACGCAUGGCAGAAGUGGAGAAUCAGAAUGGCCUUCCUUGCUUCUAAAGAACUGGAUGGUUUGGAAGAAAAACACUUUUCCCAAGCUCAUGGUUCCCCGAACUCCUCUCCACUGCCCCCAAUGCAGACCAGGCUUCUAGGGGCAAUAAUCCGGCUUUGGCCUCUAGGACUAGUCCUGGCCAAUGCAGCUGUGGGUAUACGCGGCUUUCAGAGAAAACUGGUAGUCCAUGCCUGCCUCCAGCUUCCCUUAAGCAGCUCCAGGAGCUCCAGUGUCCAGACAGCACAACAAGACCAGGCUGGUGUCAGGUCCAUCCGAGCACUACCUCAGGGCUCGAUAAGGUUUCACUGCAGAAAGUCUCCACUGCGCUACGCCGACACCUGCCCUGAACCUUCACCCUCUAGUGUUACUGGCUUUAAUCAGAUUCUGCUAGAAAAACACAGGCCAAUCCAUGUGUGACCUCUUCUCACCCUCUGCUCUUACCUGGCUGAGUGAUCUGUAGUGCCUUUGUUUCCAUGAGGCCUUUUCCUGCCAGAUGCCUUGCCAAAGACAUUUAAUCACACAACUGCCAAACUAUCCCACAGCAAUUGUAAACGUAUGCACGUGAAACAACUACAGGCUGCAAGGCCCAGGCCUGUAGCCCAAGCACUAAGAGGUGUGAGAGUUGCUAGUGAUUAAGCCAGGAUUCAGGCCACAGAGAACUUACCAUUUCACUCACUACUUCAUGGAUCAAACUCAGUAGCAGAUGAGGCUGUUUUAGAGUUUGAUCUGUCACUACAGUGGGGCACCCAUUCACCCACAAGCACUUUAGAAAACAGGCAAACAUGAGCUUUAGAACUUUGGCUGGGAAAAACUGCAUUUAGUUCCUCAAAGGAACAAAACCUUAUUUAAUAAGUUGUUGACUUAUUUAAUUUCAAACAAUCAAAUCAGGGACCAAGGACAAUGAACAAUGCAAUGUACAAGAGAACCCACCAUAUCUUGAUUUUACUUAGUAACACUGAUCAGUUUUCAACUGAAAUAAGUAUGAAACAUGACCAAUAAGUUAUGUACCAAAAAUAAAACAUUUGAAAACAA